GCACUCAGCCUCCAGAGCACCAACAAGGCACUGGCACACAGGCACUAUGGCAAACGACGUGCAAGUCCCGCUGUCCCCGCUGAAAGGGCGGCACGCUCCUGCAGUGAAAGCUGGAGGGAUGCGGAUUUCCAAGAAACAAGAGAUGGGCGUUUUGGAAAGACACACCAAAAAAACAGGACUGGAGAAAACAAGUGCCGUCACAAACGCUGCCAAAAUCCAGAUGCUGGAUGCUCUGAACGACACACUGGACAAGCUCAACCAUAAAUUUCCAGCAGCAGUUCACACAGCACAUCAAAAGCCCACACCUGCCCUGGAGAAGGCCACUCCCCUGAAGCGGGCCUACAUUAUCCAGCAGCCUCGAAAAUGACAGGCCAGGAUGUAAAAUUCAGCCAUCUGGUCAACCUUCCCAUUAUCUGACAGCUCAACAGAAAUGACCAACACUUCCUGUAGGCCUGCUGCCCUUGCUUGGUAAAUAAAACAACUUUUGUAUCUUCCCUUUUUACUUUGAAUAAUAAAGUUCCCAAAAUUAUA